ACACAGAAUUCAUCAACGAGAUUUGAAGAUUCCUCUUCUGGUUUUUGAACACUUUGAAGAAGAAUUUGAAGUUUUCAUGUGUUCUUCAAUGUUUGAUUUAUGUUUGUGAGUUUAUCAAACUUUUGAAGAGUUGAAAAACAAGAUUUUGCAAAAUUUCUAUUUGGAUUUUGGAAAAUUCGGUUGCAGGAUUUUGAAGAAUCUUCUGUUGGAGUUUACUUCUGAAUUUUGAUUGAUUUUACUUCUGGACUAACAAUUUAUGGUAUCAAAGUUACUCUCUUUUUUAACAAUACUUGUUUCAGGUUUUGAAACAUUGGUAACUGAUAAUUUGUAGAAUUGUUGUCAUUUUCGACAAUAUGUGAAUGUUUUGGUGCUGUGGCUUCAGUUGAUUUCAUGAAAGUUUUGCAGUGUUGAAGAAGAAUUCAGUUUGUGCUUUAUAAAGAAUUUUCUUGGUGAGAAGCCAUCUUCAUUUGACAGGAUUUCUUGUGAAUAUUCAAUUUUGUAAUUUCAAAAGCUUGUCAUUUACUCAUUCAAAGGAUAGAGAAUUUCACAAGACUUGGAAAUAAGUCAUUGAUUUCUUUGAGAAGGAUUCCAGUACUCUUUCAUAACAGAAAUCUUAUUGCAAGGCGCUGCAAGUUGUGAAAGCAGUACACAGUGAUAGUAUUACGAAGACGGAAACCUUUCAAAGCUAAUAUAGGUCUGAAGACUAUCUUAUUGUGUACAUGGGCACCGUGCGUCUUUGACUGGAGAUGGAAGGAAAUUUGAAAGUCUAAAGCAGAGGAGCCAUGCAGUAAAACAUAAAGAUGGCUGCCCACAGUCAUUCAGGGUCAGAACUUUGUCUCCAUGAUGAUGACCUCUCAAGCCACCCAAGUCAGGAUGACGUAUACAGUCCCCUUUCCAACUAUUCCACAUAUUCGCACGAGGUCAAGUACAUCUUUGAACCAAUACCAGACGACAGUGGAGAGUCCGAUUACACCAUCAUCCCACCCAGGAACAAGUCGGCAUCGCAGCAACAACUCAUGACGCAGUCCAUGUCGCAUCUGUCACAGCAUUCGACACCAAGGACGUUAUCAUCGCAGCAGCGCACGUCAUCGUCGUCACAGCUGUAUCGUAGGACGUAUAGCACGUCUUCUUGCCAUUCUGAUCAUUCCAAUAAAGAAAACAGUGCCCCCUUGGACGUCAGCCAUUCCGUGUACCCAUACCCUUACCCCCAUGAAGAUGUUCGUAGAAAAACUUGGUCCCCCCUAGCACUCAAGUACAGCAUUGCUAGCGGUAUGCAAUCCAUGCGUAGUUGCCAUAGCAACACAAAUUUGGAAGUUGAUAUGCAGUUGGACAAUAUUUACGAAGACUGCGACCGAGGACCACCAAAACUUGCACCAUUGAGUGGAGUGUUUCAUUCACCACUGAAUGUGGGCCGAAGCAUUGUGCGACCAAUCGCUUUUAAGCCUGUGAACAGUGCGAAGCACAUUAGUCCGCCCCAAGGAGCAAAGAGACGACUAUCCAAUCAGGAUGAAGGGUAUGGGUCACAUGACUAUAAUCACAUGACAGGCAGUAUGACAAGUAGCAAGACGAUGAACUCCUCGCAUAGUUCUCAUCAUGAUGGCAGUGAGAGGUCUACAAGUUUCUCAAGUGACUUCUCGCGACCUCUUGACAGACCUGAGUCGCUGCCAUCCCUUAAUGUCAGCCGGGUGUCUUCAAACAACAUGGAGGUAUUUCCUGUUCAGACGCCUUCACCAAGCGACAGCGGAGUUGGUGAACUGGAAGCCAUGUUGAAAGAAAAGGAUGCUGAGUUGAAUACAUUGCGCGAUGUCAUGGACAGAAACGAAAGAGCAAUAUUUCAAGUCUAUGAGGAAAAGAAAUCUGGGUGGAUGAAAGAAAUGCGUGAACUGCGAGAGGAAUAUGAACGCAAAUUCAAAAUUCAGCAGCGUAAAAAUUACAAAACAGAACAAGUGUUGUCGCUGCAGGUAUAUAAACUUCAACAAGAGAAGAAAUCUUUGAAGGACGAAUAUGACAAACUGUACCUUGAGAAGGAUAUUCUUCGAAAAGAAUGCAGCUCUUACCAAGACGAAGUCCGAGAUAUGAAACUGAGGCUGGGAGGUCUGCAGACUAAUGGACAUCCUACAACGGAAAUUAACGAAACUUCAGAACUACGACAGCAAGUUCGAGAUUUGAACCAGGAAGUGACUCAAAAGAGCCGUGAGGUGAUUACUCUAAGAACUCAACUUCACUCACACGAGUCGGAAAUGGAUAAGAAGAAUAAAGAAUUAUCGGAAAAAUUCCGAGAAAUUCUCUCCAAGACGGAAGAGUUAAAAUCUCUGAAAAAUGAACUUGGAAAAUUAUCGGCUGAAGAGCCGGAAUUUUGUGAUGCCGGUGUGCAAUCUGAUUUGGAUGACACAGUGUGUGACACGGAGCCGGAAUUGCUCAAACCUUCCAUCGUUUCCGCCAGGGACAGAAAAAUAGCGGAAUUGAAAGACGAGGUGGAUAGGUUACGAGACGAAAUCCUCGUACACCGUUCAAAUUUCGAAAAGGACAAAGAAACAUGGUUGGAUGAGAAGAACAAAGUGAUUCGCUACCAGAAACAAUUACAGCUCAACUAUGUACAGAUGUACCGGAAAAACCGAACACUCGAAGCUGAAGUUGAACAGCUAACUCUAGAACUCGAAAGUCGAGAUUUAAAACUAAUGGCUAUGAACGGUGAGGAAUCAGUGUGUUGAAGCGUAGGUGCGCUAUUUGUGUGUUGAAGUCUAUGGGUGCUAUGUGAAUUCGCCCUUGUCGAAUGUGCCAAAGUGAAUUUGUAGAUGAUUGAAGAUGCAUUUAUAUGAAUGACGUUAAGUGAAAUGUGUACGGAAUAUUCACAAUCUGGAUUUAAGCAAUUUGGGCAAAAUUGGAAAAUAGGUAAUAUUGUACAGACAACUAUUAUCAUUUCAGAGAGAAAAAUGGAUGAAAAAUAACAUUGCGUGCAAAGAGUGUAGAAAUGUGCCUUUUUUUCAUCUUCCUCAUCCAACCAUUGUUUAUUUCAAAGGAACUGCCACAAUGAUGUGACUUUUUAGAUUUGUGCAAGAUUGGCUACCGAUAUAUAUAUAGACAUAUAUGUGGUGCUCACAUCUCAUACUGCUGGAAUACAACUUGCAUUAACAUUUCCACAUUUAUGAUAAAUACCCCACUUGAUUCCUAGUGUAUUGAUGAAACUUAUUACUAUUAGUUGAUUUUAAUGUAUUUUAAUCAAGAUUUGAAAUGUAAUUUAUGUUGUUGCCAAUCGACAACAAUCUGUGAAUGCAUACUGUUUGUAUGUGACUUUUGGGAGUCUGCCUCAGUAUAAUCUACCAAAUAGUAAAUUUAAUUCAAAAUUUUAAACAUUUAAUGUAUUUUUUCACUAAAUUUUAAUUUUGAUGGACCUUUCAAAUUUGUAUGUCUUUUUUAGAUUCAGUAUCACUUUUAAUUACUUCUGUUCAUAAGGUAUUUCUUUCAGUUGUCAAGCUGUUUAAAAGAGUUUUGCAGAACCUUAUAUUUGAAUCUCUCAGUAAAAAUGUACAUUUGGUUUUUGUUUAUCAUUGAAAGUAGCAAGUAUAUUAUUUUUAAAUGAUUAUUGCUUGCGCAUUUUGACUUGAUCUUAAAUAAUUGUUACAUUUUCAUAUUCUUAUCCAUGGCUUUUUAGUGCUCUUUAUAAAUGUGUUUAUGAAUUCUUGAUAAAGUGCCUUGGUUCAUUGUACUUCAGUAUGUAAUGUUAAAGAUUUCAAAAACAUUAAACAUAUAUACAGGUGUUACUUGACAUAUUUGGUGAACUUCAUCAUAUUUGUAUUUAGUUGAACAUUUAUUGCCUGUUUUCAUGGAUCAUUAUUUUGAUAAGGGUUAUUAUUGUCUUUUUCCUUAAGGAUUAUAGUCUCUGUUAGUUUGUUACAUUGCCUUUUAUCAUAUAAAUGGCAUUUAUUAAACAAUUAAAAAUUAAAAGAAACAAUUUGAGUAGUAAUGUUGUGUCCAUUGUGGUGCAUUCACAACAAUGGCAACAGAGUUCGUCUUUUGGAGAUUUGUUAUUUGGGUCUAAUUAUUGUUUAUAUAUUACAAAAAAUAUUAUCAAUUAUUUAGACUAACAGUCAGUGUGUUUAAAUAAUAAUAAUAAAAUUAUAGAUUUGUAUUGAGGCAUUUUGAAAUACAUCUUGUCACGAAAUGUUGAUUUCGCUAUUGACGAUGUUGAUUUCAUGAAAUGAAUCAGCUUUCAAAUGACCAGUAAUGUGUACUGUGAAGUCUAUCUGUCACAUUACUUUGUGAUUAGCAACUAUUGGCCUGGACUGAAAACAUUAAGCAUGUCUGGUGUACAUUUUCAAAUUUAUAUUCUUGGAGACUUGUUUGUUUUGGUUAAAAUUUUGUAAAAAUAAUAAUUCAAAAUUCGAAAAAUUUUGGAUGUCACUCACAAUUUUGCUAGAAAUGGGGAAUUUUCGACAUUCAGAAUCUUCCUUCAUUUAGAUAUGCUAUAGAUAUAAAAGUAUAGAAGACUCAACUAAAUGUCAAUAGAUUUAACGUUUAUCCAUAUUUAUUCAACUAACAAUAGAUUCCCUGCUUGCUUGUCGCUGUACUAACAGGUACAUCAGGUUUUAACAAGGAAAGUUUCCUUUGAAAUUGAUUGCAAUUGAUGCUAAUCCAUUUCAAGAAUAGGUGGACCAGACAUGCCUAAUGUUGGAUUUGUGCCUUAGCAUCCGUGUGCUGGAUGCAGAUGUCGCCUGUAGAGGCCAUGUACAGUGUAUUGAUAUUCAACGACGGCGGUUAGUAUCACAAUGUAAUGUACAUUUGCAUUUCCCAAAGAAAUACUAGUCAGAUAUGUACAGUUUCAUACACAAAAUAAAAUAGAUUUACGAUC